AUGGUCCCUGGAGACCCCACAAAGCAGGAUGCUGGCAACCGACUUUUGGAAGUCUCAGUUACUCGGGAGCAACUAAACCACUACCGGAACUUGGCAGAGAAUGUUCGAAGCGAACUUGCUGCAAGUCUGGUCAAAUUUGAAUGUGCUCAGUCUGAGCUGCAAGACCUCCGCACCAAAAUUCUUUCUAAAGAAGUUUACUGCCAGGAGCUGAAGGCUGAAAUGGAGAGCUACAAAGAAAAUGAUGCCAGGAAAUCGUCUCUCAUCACCUCUAUGAGAUGCCGAAUUCAGGAGCUUGAGGAAGAGUCAGUGGUGCUCUCUGCUUCUCAAAACAGAAUGGAAGUCACCGCCCACACUGCCAUGAGGGAGAACCAGGAACUGAUGAAAAGUAUCACAGAACUCGACGAGGAAUUAAAAAACUGUUCAAAGGAAAAUGAGGAGACCAUGAAGCAAGCCUCGGAGAAUCUCAGGAGGCACGAGGAGUUUCGAAUUCAGCUUUGCCACUGCUUGGGUCUAGAUAAGAAGCAUGCAGAGCCAUCGGAUGAAGACUUAAUUUUAAAGCUUAGAGAGCUGUGCAAGGAAAACACACUCAUGAAAGGACAAAUUGUUACUCUUGAAGAGACUAUAAACGUCCAUGAGAUGGAAGCAAAAGCUAACAGAGAGACGAUCAUGAGGCUGGCGUCGGAAGUCAAGACCGAGCAGACAAGAGCUGCUUCCUGCACGGAGGAGAAAGACAAGCUGAAGCGGGACUUGCUGGGUGCUGAAGAGGCCAAAGGAGCUCUAGAAAGAGAAGUUAAACUCCUCGGAGAAAGGCUGCUUGCUGGCCAGCGGGCCUGGAAUGCCUUGAAGCAGGAGCUCAGCUUCCUGAAGAAGAGCUCCAAGGAGCUGGAGACGAGUUUGAAGAUGAGCAGGGAGGCGGCCGCGACCUUGCAAACCCAGAACUCCUCCUUCAGGGAGAAAAUCGCAGCCUUCCUUUGGGGCGGGGUGGGUGCGGCUGGGUCCACCGAGGAUGCCAUACUGGAGAGGAUCGGAGAGCUGAGCAGCCAGGAGACCAGGGCGCAAAGAAUGGCCUCCCAGCUUGAAGCCCACAUAUCAGAGCUUGUUGAACAGUUGGGAAAGGAGUCUGAGUUUCACCAGAAAGCUCUUCAGCGGGCCCACGAGGCAGAAAACAAAUUGGAGACUCUUCAGGGUCAGCUGAAUCACCUGGAAGGAGAGCUGGUUUCUGGGGAUGUUUUGCGAGACAACUUGAAUUCUGAGAAACAAAAAUAUCUUAAGUUUCUGGACCGGCUUUCAGAGAAAAUGAAACUGAACCAGAUGGCUGCUGAACUUGGCUUUGACAUGCGCCUGGAUAUAGUUUUAGCUCGCACAGAACAGCUGGUCCGCCUCGAGAGCAAUGCUGUCCUUGAAAACAAGACCAUCGCUCACAAUUUACAGAGAAAGCUGAAGACUCAGAAAGAAAGACUGGAAAACAAAGAAUUGCAUAUGAAUCUCCUCCGACAGAAAAUUGCCCAGCUGCAGGAGGAGAAGCAGGCUCGCACAGCCGUGGCUGUGGAGAGAGAUGAGGCCCAGGCCACCAUCAGGAAGUUGGAGAAGAAGGUGGAGAGACUGCAGAAGGAGCUGGGCGCAUCUCGGGACUCCAACACGGAGCUCAAAGCCAAGUUGGCCGAUGCCAGCGAGCUUAAGAUUAAAGCUUUGGAACAGACCAAAGCCAUUGAAGACUUAAGUAAGUACAGAGGCAAGCUGGAGAAGAUGAAGGACAAGGCUGAGAGGAGGCUCAUGGCUGUGGAGUCGGAGCUGGGUGCCGCGGAGCUUGAGGCCAAAGAGGACAAGGAGAGGGCCCGACGCAUGGUGGAAGUGGUCACCAGUGAAGUGAAAACUCUAAAAAAGUCCCUGGAAGAAUCAGAAAAGAGAGAAAAGCAGCUGGUGGACUUCAGGGCGGUGGUUUCUCAGAUGCUUGGCUUGGAUAUGACCAUGCUUGCUCUUCCUGACUAUGAGAUCAUCAAAUGUCUCGAAAGACUGAUUCAUUCACACCACCAUCACCACAGUGCCUGCGCCUGCCUCAAAGACAUGACUCCUGGGCCAGCAGGGUGCCUGCAAGGCCACUUAAAACUCCUGCAUUGA